AUGCAUCCCUUGGGUGUGAAGCAACCCCUCUGGAUAGGAGCUAAACUGAAAAGAACCGGCUCCGGUACGUUUGGUUCACAGAUUCUGGCAUUUUCUGGUAGAACCGACACCAAGUACGCCAGACUUCUGAAACAGUUUCCUCAAAUGCAUUCUGUGACCGUUUGCGCUCAAUUGCAAUUUGAUUCAAACUAUAUUGGAGUUUCCACAAUCUUUUCCUAUUCAAUCCCAUCUUUCAUUAAUGAAUUCCAGCUCCGCGCCAACAUAGUCCACGAGGAGCAGAUCCAGUUAGCUUUGCUUGUUCACGGUGUUCAUAGUCCUUACUCCCAGGCUAUGGAGAAUGAUGGCAGAUGGCACCAUAUCUGCGUGAGAUGGACGCGUCGAGGUGGAAGCUGGGCUAUUGCUGUCGAUGGAUCUAUAGUUGCUUCUGGAGACCACCUUUAUCUUUCUGAUGAUAUUGGACAAGAUGGGGUUUUCAUUGUUGGUCAAGAACAGGACACAUUUGGUGGAUCUUUCAAGCAAGACGAAUCCUUCAUUGGGAACAUUACACAACUUCACAUCUGGAAUCGUGCUCUGGAUUCCAGCGAGAUUCAAGCUUUAGUGGAAGAUUGUUCAGUGCCUCAGGCUGGAUUAUUUUUUCAAUGGAAUAUCUCUGCUCUUCAAGUUGAGCCAACAGUUCAAGUGUACAAAGUAUUUUCUCAGUGUAAAGGUCUUGGAUUCAAAACAUAUGAACCUUUCUAUAUUUCAUGGGUGGAUGGAAGCGUGACUCUUUUUCACAAUAUUUCAUCUGAUAUCAAUAUCACAAUUGUUAAAGAAGAAUGCAUAGCAUUUGACCCAUUGAAUGGCGCAUGGAUCUCUGAAUUAUGCUCACAACGCAAAGAAACAUUCUGCAGAUAUGAAAAAGAUGUAUAUGAACAUAUGCAAAUAUUUUCCUCAGUCCCUCCAUCUCCAUUUUAUCUUCAAGUAAAGAAAAUCCCUGCCUGUGGUUCAAUUGCAGAUUAUCUUCUUCUAAAUAACAGUGACUACCCACAAACUGUGGAUGGAGCAAAUAAUAUCACCAGGAUAUUACUGGAGACUGUAGACAAGAGUGAUGUAAGCCUCACUGCUGUUGAUCUGCUCGCCCUGACAAGAGUUUUGGGAAGUGUCGCAUAUCUAGAUUUUGAGACUGAAGUAAAUAAUUCAGAAAUUCUUUUAAACUUGGCUACUAACUACGUACAAUUGGCAAGCAAAAUAAUAGAUAGAAGGUGUUCCGUGGAAUGGCUUGAAGUGUCUGAGGUAAUACCUGGGCCAUACAUUAUAAUUCGCAACCUUGACCUGGUUGCAGAAAAACUGGCUGAUAUUUCGAUUUCCAUUGGCUCAGACAUUGUGCUGUCAGCUGAGAACAUAGAUUUGCAGAUUACAACAAAGAAGUUGCCUAAUUUGGAAAGUGGCCUUGUUUACAAACCUGCGUGUAUUUCAGCUCGAAAUCGAGCUGAUGAAGUCCAGAUCCCAAACUUUGAGGUACUGCGGCUUCUGACCUUAGGGUACAGUGAAUUGAUAUUUAUACAUGCUUACUACAGGAGUCUGGAGCACCUUUACAAUCCCGACUCUGUAUUGCUGGCUGCAAAAUCAGGGAGUAGUUUGCAAAGCAGGCAGCUAGGAACAGCUGUUAUCUCAUCAACUGUGCGUGACCCUCUCACAGCAAGGAACCUACCCAUUGCAGUGCAAUACUCUCUGUCACACGGGGCUCUGGUCGGAUUUCCGAAGUUUGUCACACCAGAAUGUGUUUUCUGGAAUUUCAGUCUCCAGAAUGGACAUUUUGCUGGAUGGUCAAGGCAAGGUUGUCAAGUGAUUCAGUUUGAACCUGAGAUCACAUUCUGCUUUUGCAACCACACAACCAACUUUGCAGUGCUAUUGCAGUUCACAGAAAUGCAGUGGAGCCUGGAGGUUGAGAGUAUAUUGAACAAACUAACAUUCAUUGGAUCCGGAGCCUCACUUUGCGCCUUAGUCGUGACCCUGACUCUUUUCACAGUGCUUGACAUUCCAAAAUCCGAUCGAACCUCCAUUCACAAGAAUCUAUUUAUAGCACUGAUUGCAGCACAAGUGGUGUUGCUCAGCAGUGACUCAGCCACAAGCAGUAAGGUGGCCUGUGUUAUAGUUGCUGCUCUUUUGCAUUUGUUCUUCAUGGCUGCUUUCGCCUGGAUGAUGGUGGAAGGUCUCCUCCUGUGGAGUAAAGUGGUAACCGUCAAUCUGAGUGAGGAACGGAGGAUGAAAUAUUAUUACCUUGUUGGCUGGGGUCUGCCUUUCCUAAUAGUCAGCAUCACGUUGGCUGCAGCUCAUGACAAGUACGUUGGAGAUAGACAUUGUUGGCUGAAUGUUCAAAAUGGUGUUAUUUGGGCGUUUGUUGGGCCAGUUAUCUUCAUCAUUAUGGUGAACAUGUUUGUGCUGACACGAGUUGUGAUGAUCACCAUGUCAACUGCUAAGCGACGGGCCAUUAUGCUUGCUAUCAACAGCAGUCCUAUAGAGCAAGCCUACGAUCAAAUCAGGGCUGCUAUGAAAGCUGUGCUGGUGCUUUUGCCCAUUCUUGGGCUGACAUGGCUUUGUGGAGUGCUUGUUCCAUUCUCUGUUGUAAUGGCGUACAUCUUUGUGAUUCUCAAUUCCCUGCAGGGUCUCUUCAUCUUCCUGAUAUAUGGAGUAUACAACACAGAGGUAAGAAAUACAAUCAAAAGAAUAAAGGAGAGAAGAAAAGCACUGAACUUUUCAAACUGUGCUAGCUCUCGACCAUCAAGCUCUCUGACCAGCUCGAGACCUGCCAGCUCUCCUGUUACGGGAUCGGAGAGCCUGGCUAAGGAUGUUGGAUUACACAAUGGCGAUGGGGUCAAUGUGGAAGGCAUUUGUAAAAUGUCUUUCUAUGACAAUAGUGUCAUAUAUGAAAAUCAAGCUGCCGCUAACGACAGUGAGUUCCAAUAA